ACCACAAGACCCAUCCCUCCAGGACAACCUGUUUCCCCCAUUUGCACCCCAGCUGCCAGACAAGACUCGCUCACUGUGUUUUAUUCUGGCGAGAGGCACAGUCUGUUUCAUCCAGUGUCAAGGACAAAACAUCAGCAGCUGCAGCAGCCAUGAAUGGCACAGAGGGACCCAACUUUUAUGUCCCCAUGUCUAACAAGACCGGCGUGGUUCGCAGCCCAUUCGAGUACCCUCAGUACUACCUGGCUGAGCCCUGGAAGUACUCUCUUGUGGCUGCAUACAUGCUGUUCCUCAUCAUCACUGCCUUCCCUAUCAACUUCCUCACCCUACAUGUCACAGUGAAGCACAAAAAGCUGAGGACCCCUCUGAACUACGUCCUGCUCAAUCUGGCUGUGGCCGACCUCUUCAUGAUCAUCGGGGGCUUCACCGUCACCCUGUACACAGCCCUGCAUGGAUACUUCAGCUUAGGGGUCACGGGAUGCAAUGUGGAAGGAUUCUUUGCCACCUUAGGAGGAGAGAUUGCUCUGUGGUCUCUGGUGGUUCUGGCUAUUGAGCGCUACAUUGUGGUCUGUAAACCAAUGACCAACUUCCGCUUUGGGGAUAAACAUGCCAUCACUGGUCUGGCAUUCACAUGGAUGAUGGCCCUGACCUGUGCUGCCCCCCCUCUGCUUGGAUGGUCCAGGUACAUCCCAGAGGGAAUGCAGUGUUCCUGUGGAAUUGACUACUACACUCCCAAGCCUGAGAUCAACAACACCUCGUUUGUCAUCUAUAUGUUUGUCCUCCAUUUCUGCAUCCCCCUCUUCAUCAUCUUCUUCUGCUACGGUCGCCUGCUCUGCACCGUGCGAGCGGCUGCAGCCCAGCAGCAGGAGUCUGAAAGCACCCAGCGAGCAGAGAAGGAGGUGACACGAAUGGUAAUCGUCAUGGUGAUCUCCUUCUUGCUGUGCUGGCUGCCCUACGCUAGCGUGGCCUGGUACAUCUUUAUCAAUCAGGGGACUGAGUUCGGACCAGUAUUCAUGACUGCUCCGGCCUUCUUCGCCAAGAGUGCCGCCCUGUACAACCCCAUCAUCUACAUUCUGCUAAACAGACAGUUUAGAAACUGCAUGAUCAUCACAGUGUGCUGUGGAAAAAACCCAUUUGGAGAAGAUGAGACUGCGACCACUGCCAUCUCCAAAACCCAGACUUCAUCUGUCUCCUCCAGCCAGGUGGCCCCUGCUUGACCUGUCCCCCUCCUCUCCUUACCC